AUGGCAGUCCUGCUCGGACUUCCAAACGAAGCCCUUCUUCGCAUCUUCUACUACCUCCUACAGAGCGUCAAGCAUCCCAAGCCUCAAGCCGACUUGCUGAGCCUGAUCUUGACAUGUAAACGGCUGGCACCACUCGUCCGCGAGGUCCUCUUUACCACUCCGAUUCUUCACCCAUGUAAAAUCGACAUAUUUCUCACUACUCUCUUCAAGUACCCGGACCUACAGUCGAAGAUUCAAAGCCUUGCCCUCGAGUCGAACAAGAUUCACCGAAGCUGGGUGAUAUCAGACCCUGCGCGUGUCCGGGGUCAGGACGCAGAAAUUUCCUCUAAAUGUGCUGGCAUUCUUCACACUUUGAAACUCGACGAGGAAGUUAAGCAAGAAUGCAUUCACGUUCUUCAGGACGCAGUAUGA